AUGCAUACAGCCCUCGCUAUUGCCGGACUGGCAACUACGGCCGCUGCCGAGACAGUCCACGGCGCCCUCGUCUUUGUCCGCCAUGGUGACCGCACGGCUAAGCACCUGGGCCCAACUUCUCUCACCCCCGUGGGCGCGUCCGAGGUGUUCGAGGCCGGCACGUUCACCCGCGCGCGAUACCUCUCGUCCUCCUCACCGCACCACAUCCGCGGCAUGUCCGAGGCGCAGUACGUAUCAUCCCAAGUCUACGCCAGCGCCCCCGAUGAGCCGGUGCUCUUCCAGACGGCCACCUCCUUCUUGCAGGCCCUCUACCCGCCCCUUGGCCAAUCUUUCGCCGCUACCCAGGCCGACAAGCUCGCCAACGGCUCCUCCGUACCCAGCCCCCUCAACGGCUACCAGUAUGUCAUGCUGCACGGUAUCAACGCCGACUCACCCGAGACGGUCUGGAUCAAGGGUGAUGUCGGGUGCCCGACCAUGACCACCGCCCAGCAGGACUUCAACAACAGCGCCGUUUUCCAAACCCGCCUGGAAGACACUCGCGCCUUCUACCAGUCGCUGUACCCGAUGGUGUCUGAGCUCUACGACGCGGCCACCGACCUCGACUACACCAAAGCCUUCGACAUCUUCGACCUAUUCAACGUGCAAAAGAUCCACAACUCCUCCUCCCCCAUCCAAAAGGUCUCAGACGACCAGCUGUUCCAGCUGCGCACCCUCGCAGACAGCGCCGAGUUCGGCGCCAACUGGAAUGCCUCCCAGCCCGACCGUGCCUUGCACGCACGCACCUUUGCCGCAGCCGUCCUAGACCACCUCAACCAGACCGUUUCUACUUCCUCCUCGAGCGCGAGUAGCACUAACACCAAGGCCGCACCCAAACUCACUGUCCUAGCCGGGUCAUAUGACACCUUCCUCGCCUUCUUCGGCCUUACCCGCCUGACCGAGGCUAGCCCGGACUUUUAUGGUCUGCCCGACUACGCGAGCACCAUGAUGUUUGAGCUUUUUACUCCGGGAGGCAACAACGAUGAUAAUCUCGAUGAAUCCACCCUGCGUGUUCGUUACAUGCUGCGCAACGGCACGACCAACCCGCUGCGGCAGUUCCCGCUGUUUGGCAGCAAGCAGGCUGAUCUGCCGUGGACGCAGUUCCGUGACGAGAUGCAGAAGAUUGGGAUUAGCACUACGGCGGAGUGGUGCAGUUCGUGUGAUAGCCCGUCAGAUUUCUGUGCUGCGUUCCGGGAUGGAAAUAACAAUAGUGUGAGUGUCCAGGCGGGCAAUGGGGAGGUGGCUGUGGCUAGGGGCGCGUGGAUUGCCGUGUUGGUUGUUAUGGCUGUGGCGAUUCUUGGAAACUUGAUCUGGGCGGCUAUGUGGUUGUUUAGGGGGCGAAAGGAGAGCAGGGUUCCGGCUGCGGCUGUGGUGAAGACAGCGGGGUCGACUGGGACGGGGAGUGUGCGGAGUUAUGGGAAAGAGAGCGUGUAG